UGAGAAAAUACGUCCCUAUGGGGUGGCUAGACCGCGUGGCGAACCAGGACUAUCAGAUAGACGAGCAUCUGACGGUACCUGCGGGUACACCGGUCUAUGUUAACGCAGUUGGUAUCCAAAGCGAUCCUAACAUCUUUCCGGAGCCGGACAAGUUUUGGCCGGAACGCUUCCUUGAAAAUGACAUCAACAGAAGCUCAAUGCCCGUCUGGACCUUCGGCGAAGGACCUAGGAGUUGUAUUGGUCGCCGCUUCGCAUUAAUCAACCUCCGCUGUGCCCUGGCGUACAUGGUGGUGACGUUCAAGUUCCGUCCUAUGGCCACCACGCCGUCCCCUGCCCGUGUGCAAGUGGAGAGAUAUAGCCUCUUUUAUACUCCAGGGGAACCUCUGCUUAUUAACUUUGAACACCGAAAGUAG